AGCCAAGGCGCGAAUUGGAAUAAUCUCCCUGACGCUGAAAGGGGCAAGAUCAGCUGUGACCGCAAUCAGUGUUCGUCAUCACACAACCCGGGUGGUUCCGAGUUUCUCGAACUUGUCCUAAUUAAUGCAAAACAUGUUUUACUCCCUCGGCUAAUCCCCACCGCCCGCUGGCUUAAUCCUCCUGAAGUGAAAACAAUGCGUGCGGACACCCAGGCGCGGACACUAUCUACGGCGUGCGUUGGGAAGUUUGACAUUAUCUCCCACUCGCGUCGGCAUGCCCCCCACCCCCACCCCCACCCGCUGCUGAACAGUCGAUUCCUCCAGUUUUACCAAUUACCUGCCUACCUGCCGCUACUAGGGUAUAAAAGGUCUUACCGUCCCCGUGGAGGUUAGUUUGACUGGAGACUUGGGGUCUGGCAUGACCUGGCCUUGGAUUUAGAGUCGAAAGUUUAGUGGAAGAAUAUUGUUUCUAUCGGUUGCCUUUGAUUAUUCGUGAUGAUUGACAGGGCCGCGAAUUGUGCAGAACCCUAUCGUCCCUGGGUAGCGAGUGCCCGCCCUGCCUCGCGCCCAGCGUUAGUGACACCGUUCACUAUCGGGGCCCACUGGACGUCCCUAGAUGAGGGUACAGGCGAUCGCUCCCGAAGCCCCACACCAGCGACUCCAACACCAAGUUACGUCGUCCUCCACACACAAGAUACUAGCGUUGUUGAAAUGAAGACUUUAGGAAGCUAUGUUGACUCAGAGUACAAUAGCUACCAGAUGACCCCGUCGAAUAUUUCGAGACGGUCAGAAGCAGUGAACACAUGCCACCUUUCGAAGAAUGAAAGCUCUGACGUCCGGCCGUGGAGUGUAUCGCUGAAACCGCCCUCUUCGUCGGAGCUUCUACGGCGAAGACGCAGACAGGCGGCCAACGCUCGCGAGAGGAAGAGGAUGACGAGCCUCAAUGUGGCCUUCGACCGUCUUCGCGCGACAUUGCCACGGGCGUCGCAUCGCCUUUCCAAGCACGACACUCUCCAGAUGGCUCUCUCCUACAUCGCAGAGCUCUGCCACCUGCUGCACUGACAGUAUGCUGUCUAUUACUGUAUUCCUGACACUUCCAUUAUUUUACUGUUUCUUGCUUCACUAGCAUGAAUGGCCCAGAACUUCAUCAAAAAUUACUUGUAGCCGUAACAGAGCCACUUGUAAAUACCUAUUACAUCAACGUUCGGAAGGACAAUGAAUGUUUGCAAUCUGCUCCUACAUUACGGUAACUACAUUGCCAUUCUAAUGCCAGGGGUUAAGUUUCUGUACUAAUAUGCUUUCACCGAAAAAGCUGUAUUGACGUUUAAGGGCAGUGUUUAAAUGGAGUGUGCCAUUGGAAGUAAAUGUAUUUCCAUAUAUCUUUUAUAUCAAGUGAUGUGACAUUAGUUGACACUUUAUAUUGUAUAUAUUUUAGUGUUCAGUUUACUUUAAAAUCACAUCAUAUUAAUAAUACUGCCUAUAUUCUGUAGAACUGUAUAACAUUUACAGAUGAUUGCUGCAGUUUCAAAAGUGCUGUAACAUUUACCCAACGUGAAGUGAUAACUAAGAGACUCAUUCAAGGACUAAAAUAUGAAAUAACUAACUGCUCAUUUAUCUUUACUAUUACAUUUUGUCUACCAUGUUAAGUGCCUUUUUCUGAUAUAAUAUAAGAUUUCUUGUGUGUACUCUAAGUAUUAGACAAGCAUAUUGUUUUAUCUAGUCACAUUAAGUAAUU